AUGGCGGCUCCAGUAAUUGAAAAGAAGCGAUUUUUCUGCCGAGAAUGGGCGUUUAUGAAGCUGUCACACUGCCUAGAGCAAAGACCAGCCUCAAAAACCUGCGGAGCUUUGAUCGUUGGCGGUCCAGGAAGCGGGAAGACAGCGCUGUGCGCCGAACUCGCCUGGCCCUCGACAACUGCGAGCUCCCGGCACCAAAGAUCCCUGAACCGUAGACUUCUCGCAAGACAUUUCUGCCAAGCAAGGAGCGAAGCAUCCUUGUCUCCAGCACAAUUCGUGCGUUCGCUGGUCGCGCAGAUUCUUCAAGCGAGUACCGACGGAAUUCACCUGUCUUCACCGACAUCUCCAACAGCCAGCACAACCUCAGCGCCCUCCACGUCCAAAGAAGCCGUCGCAGAAGCUUACGCCGAGCGAUUACGCACAGAUCCCGAUAUCCACGCCGCUUUGCAGCACGACGUCCUGGACAGGGACCCCGAUGAUGCCUUCAAGAAAGCUCUUCUUUUUCCUCUCCUCGAAGUUGAGCCGCCGAAGAACUGUUUGUUCCUUCUGGUAGACUCUAUAGACGAAGGACAAGUUCUUAAUCCUCCACAAACCGGAACCCGGGACUCGAGACGCGAAAAUGACAAUGUCAGUCGCUCCAUCGCGGAAUUACUCGCGAAUCAUCACCAUUUGUUCCCACAGUGGUUGCUGUUGGUUUGUACCGCGAGGCGCCAGAGCAAAACUAUCUCCAGAAUGUUCACCGGGUUCAGGAAGAUUUCUCUUGACGAUUUGAGGAAGAGUCAAGUCGUCAGAGAUGUUCAGCAAUAUAUUUUAGCGCGCCUAGAUCAAGAAGAUGCGCUAAGACAACACAUUAGUCGUGAUACUGCCGAAAUGUUGAACCAGCUGCAUAUUAAAAGCAAUGGGUGCUUUCUCUACCUGGAAAAGGUUUUAGACGGUGUAGCUGAGAACUUCAUAGUCCUGAGAGAAGUUAGAGAAAUUCCUGGUACACUGAACGGGCUGUACUUAUGGCUAUGUCAGCGAUUGUUUAGCAGAAAACAAUUUGCGAAAGUCCAGCCACUGCUGAACGUGAUACUGGCGGCGAAACUGCCGAUAACUCAGGAGGUUCUGUACAAGUGUGUGAAAACGGCAAACACAACAAUAACGAUUGAGGACUUCAACCGUAGGCUUCAUCUGCUGAGGAGGGUCAUAUCCGUUUCGCGUGCUGGCGCGCUUAUGCUGUUUCAUCACAGCUUCGCUGAAUGGCUGCUAGAUGUAAAACACUGCACACAGAAGUAUCUGUGCUCAGCUACCGAGGGCCACGCGAUGCUCUCCGCGUACUACACGCUGAGAAGUCCCGAGCUCAACCCCGACGAGAUUUGUGUUCUUGGCCAGCAUCUGCAGCGUGUUAUCAAUAAUAUCAGUGGGAAUAAUUGCACUCUGGAUGCUCACACACUUCAAGUGCUCUGGAUGAUUGGCAGCAGAGCGCCGAUUGAGCAGUGCUAUCUCGACAGCCCGGAGUGUAUUAUGUGGCCAAGACAGGACACAAAGUUACUCAGGCUGCUUGUUGAUGCUGGUGCUAAGCCCUCGGAGAAAAUAAUCGAGGAUGAACCUAUCAAGGAUCCUGUUUCUUCUAGUCAGGUCUCGCAAGAUGUGAGCCCAGUAGAUGAAUCACCCGGUGAACCAUUGACAGAGUUACUAGGCGAAAGCGGUGACAUAAACCAAGCUGAUUCAUGUGGUCGAACGGUACUCCACACUCUGGCUGCGGAUGGAAACGCGUCGCUCCUGGAGCUGGCGCUAGCAGCAUGUCCUCAGGCGAAGCUGGAAGCCACGGACCGCCACGGACAGACACCCUUGAACCUAGCAGCCAGACACGGGUACGCAGACGUCGUUCGAGUCCUCUUGGCUGCUGGAGCAAGUGCCGAUCAUGCAGACUGCGACGGGUGGACAGCACUGAGAGCAGCAGCCUGGGGCGGACACACCCAGGUACAUUCACAGCCAAGCCUACUUCCACGAAACCACAAGACUGUUAAAACAGACUCUGAUGUAGUUGUAGAAAUGCUCUUGGAGCACGGCGCGAUGGUCGAUUGUGCAGACUGGGAUCAACGAACGGCUCUACGUGCAGCCGCGUGGGGCGGACAUGAAGAUAUUGUGAAAGCUCUGCUCCAACACGGCGCCGAUGUCAACAGAACUGACGACGAGGGCAGAACAGCCCUCAUUGCAGCCGCUUAUAUGGGCCACAGUGAGAUUGUUGAACACUUACUUGAUUACGGGGCAAAAAUCGACCACGCUGACAGUGAUGGUCGAACUGCGCUUAGCGUAGCAGCUCUCUGCGUUCCCUCUAAUCACGGCUAUGCAAAGGUAGUGACAAUUUUACUGGAACGCGGAGCCGCUGUUGAUCACCAGGACAAAGACGGAAUGACCCCAUUGUUAGUAGCGGCGUUUGAGGGUCAUCGGGAUGUUUGCGAGCUGCUGCUCGAGUACGAAGCGGACGUUGAUCACUGCGAUGCUACGGGAAGAACGCCCCUGUGGGCAGCCGCCAGCAUGGGACAUGGAAGCGUUGUUGCGUUGCUUUUGUUCUGGGGAUGUUACGUCGACAGUAUUGAUAACGAGGGGAGGACUGUAUUGAGCGUCGCUGCUGCUCAAGGUGGCACAGAUGUUGUUAAACAGCUUUUGGAUCGAGGGUUGGAUGAACAGCAUCGAGAUAAUUCCGGAUGGACACCGCUCCACUACGCAGCAUUUGAAGGUCACCUGGACGUAUGCGAGGCAUUGUUAGAAGCUGGCGCAAAAGUCGACGAAGCUGAUAAUGACGGCAAGGGUGCUCUGAUGCUUGCAGCACAAGAGGGACAUACUGGUUUAGUCGAGAGGCUGUUGGAACAGCACGCAGCUCCCAUCGAUCAGCACGCCCACGACGGCAAGACCGCAUUGAGGCUUGCAGCCCUCGAAGGUCAUUACGAGACAGUACGGGUGCUUCUGAAACACAAUGCCGAUAUGAAUGCCAAGGACGCGGAUGGAAGAAGUACUCUGUAUAUUCUUGCGCUGGAAAAUCGAUUGGCGAUGGCGAAGUUUUUGCUCGAGAAUGCUAAUGCUGAUGUCGAGAGCCGUGACUCUGAAGGUAGAACAGCUCUACAUGUCAGCGCGUGGCAAGGACACGAGGAGAUGGUCGCUCUGCUCCUGACAGCCGGCAAUGCCAGUGUUAACGCUUGCGAUAAUGAAAAUCGCACUCCUCUACACUCGGCCGCGUGGCAGGGACACGCUGCUAUUGUUAGAUUACUCCUCGAGCACGGCGCUACGCCAGAUCAUACGUGUAAUCAGGGUGCUACUGCUCUAGGCAUCGCCGCGCAAGAGGGUCACGAACACUGUGUUAGAGCACUACUCAAUCAUGGCGCAGAUCCUAAUCACUCCGAUCAUUGUGGUAGAAACGCAAUAAAAGUUGCUGCUAAAAGCGGCCAUGAUACUGUCGUCAGGCUUUUAGAGGAACAUUCUGCUAAUCAACGCAGUUUACGACCUGUCAUGAAUGGAGGUGGAAGCAGCAGCGCGACAUCAGUGACAUCAAACUCAACAGCAGAAACAAAGCCGUCAUCAGCAAUUCUAAACCCCUUGUCAACACAGUACAGCCCUGCGGAAUCUCCCGACUCAACAAAAAGACGCAGCUGUGUAUCACUGGGCAACAAUUCCAGCAACAGCAAAUCCAGCAGCAAUUUAACUGGAAGCACAAAGAGUGAUCAAGGAAAAUUCAGCCAAAACCCGAUGGUCAAUCAAGUAAUCAAAGCUCCACUGUCAUUCACACAGCAGCUCCAGCAGUGCUCUCGAGGUGCCAAAAGCCGCCCGCUGAGCAAACUGCUGAGUCCGCUCAAAAGCGAGCCCCAGAGCCCGAUCUACGCUUCUCCACCUCACUCUCCUCUGAGUGAUAGUCUUAUUCCGUACUCUCCGACAAACACUAGUCCACCUAGCGCACAAACAGCCGCCAGUGUUAUUCAAAGUCAACUCGGUGUGUCAUUGCUUACUGGGAACCAAAGCAUACAGUACAAACCACACGGUGGCUUCAACAAAUCUCCGGUUAUCUACGAGCCUAUCGAGAUAAAAACUGAGCUCAUUGACAGAAAUGACAGCUCAAAGCCUUUUGAACUCACCAAUGAAAUGCUCGGGCUCAAAGUCAAUAAAGACAAAAAGAGUAAUGGGUACGAUGACAAACGCAAUUCUGCUGACCCCCAUUUCACUCGUGAUACGCACAUGAGAAUUAUUUUAGGUAAUAGUGGAGCCGGUGUUGGACGUAAUGUCAAACAUACUGAUCACGUUACACCCAGCCCAAAUCCAAAACCUAAACGCAAUGGUUUAGUAUCGAAUCCGGCGAUGAGACUUGUAGCUGGAGUACGAAAUGGAUUCGAAAAUGCAACUAAUAGGAAUAAACCGAUUACCACCCGCGUUAAUGGAUUUCAGUGGAAGGCUGAAGCACGCAAGGAAACUCCGUUGUAG